AUGCCCUAUUUUGAAAAAUCCACACCUCCACCAUUAUGGUCUUCCUUCCCCUCCAGUCAAAGAGAUAAUCCCCGCCAAUCAACGUUGUACACCACCACCCGGGAUAUGCCGUCAAUGGGUAACAACAAUACUUCACCGCGCACCCGACUACGCGAUAAUAAGCUAUUCGCAAUGAUGCGAAAACCCUCUAAGAAGGUCGCAGCAUGGGACCCACCAGCCUACGACUCACAAGAUUGGAAGGCCCCCACCGUAACGAACAGCUCAGGCUGUGACUUUGACUCCCGAUACGCCUUCCUCAAAGACUUCGACACAAUAUUUCUCGUGGAUGACAGUUCUAGCAUGAGCGGGCCGCGCUGGCGCGAAGCCGAAGAGGCCAUCGCUGCCAUUGCCCCCAUUUGCACUCAAUAUGACCACGACGGAAUCGAUGUCUACUUCCUGAACCACCGCCGCGCAGCAACAGCCAACACGACCGGCGCUUACACGAACAUCACCACAGCCGACGAUGUCCAAGAGAUCUUCAAUAGUGUCCGACCUCGCGGUUCCACACCUAUGAUGCAAGCCUCGCGGAACGCCGACGGGUCUCUGCGUGACCCCUCGAUGCUGGUCAAACCGAUCAAUAUCAUUGCAAUUACAGAUGGCGAGUUCACGGAUGAUGCUGAGAGUGUCAUUGUGCAGGUGGCUAGGACGCUAGAUCACCCACGAUGCAAUGCGUUACCGUGGCAGGUGGGCAUUCAAUUCUUCCAGAUUGGCGACGAUCAAAGAGUGCAGCGAUAUUUGCAGGAGCUCGACGAUGAUCUUGGCAAAUAUUGCAGUCAUGAACGUCUGCGGGAUAUCGUUGAUACUGUGCCCUGGAAAGGGAAGAGGGGUCAGUCGUUGGAUGCGGAGGGCAUCUUGAAGUGUGUACUUGGGGCUGUGAACAAGAAGUUAGAUCGACGACAGAUUUAG